UCAAGGGCCUCCUAUGGCAUCGCAAGGGCCUCCAAUGGCACAGGCUAAUCAUGUACCCCCUACACAACAUGGCAUGCCACCUGGUCCUAUCAAUGCUUCCCUGUCAGGGCCACCACCACAGCCAGGAAUGCAGGGAUAUCCUCCUCAGCAAAAUGGUGCUUUCGGGCCUCAGCCUGGUUACACAGGACCAUAUCCUGGGCAGCCAAACUAUGGAGCACCACCCGCUGCACCUGCUGCAGCACCACCCGCCCUGAAGAGGCUUGAUCCUGAUUCUAUCCCAAGCCCGGUUAUCGAGGAUGACAAAGCAAACAAGGGAAGUGAACCUUUUACUACAGGGGUCAGAGGUCAAGCCCCACCUCUCGUCACCACCAAAUUCCAAGUUAAAGAUCAAGGGAAUGCGAGUCCACGCUAUAUCCGCUGUACAGCCUAUAGCAUACCCUGCAAUUCUGACAUGGCCAAACAGUCCCAGGUGCCCCUGGCUGCUGUCAUUAAACCCUUGGCACCUCUGCCUCCAGAUGAGACACCACCAUAUCUUGUGGAUCAUGGAGAAAGUGGUCCCAUCCGCUGUAAUCGCUGUAAGGCCUAUAUGUGCCCGUAUAUGCAGUUUAUCGAAGGUGGCCGUCGUUUCCAGUGUGGCUUCUGCAGCUGUGUCACCGAGGUGCCUCCCCAUUACUUCCAGCAUCUGGAUCACACAGGGAAGAGGGUGGACUGCUAUGACCGACCAGAGCUCUCGAUGGGCAGUUAUGAGUUUACAGCUACUGUGGACUACUGUAAGAACAACAAGAUUCCUCAGCCGCCAGCCUUCAUCUUCCUGAUUGAUGUGUCCUACAAUGCUGUGAAGAAUGGCAUGGUUGGAAUCAUAUGUCAGGAGCUGAAGACACUGUUGGACUACUUGCCCAGAGAGAACCCUGAUAUGGAAUCAAACAUUCGAGUUGGCUUCGUCACCUACAAUAAAGUGCUUCAUUUCUAUAAUGUGAAGGCCUCCCUCGCCCAGCCACAGAUGAUGGUAGUGUCAGAUGUGGCUGACAUGUUUGUGCCCCUACUGGAUGGAUUUCUGGUCAAUGUCUCAGAGUCCAGGGUGGUUAUUGAGAGUUUGUUGGAUCAGAUCCCUGAGAUGUUUGCAGACACGCGGGAAACCGAGUCUGUGUUUGGGCCUGUCAUUCAGGCCGGGCUGGAAGCGCUCAAGGCUGCAGACUGUGCCGGAAAGCUCUUUGUUUUUCACUCAUCUCUUCCCAUUGCUGAGGCUCCAGGCAAACUGAAGAACAGGGAGGAUAAGAAACUAGUGGGCACGGAUAAAGAAAAGUCAUUAUUCCAGCCGCAAGUUAGUUUUUACAACACCCUUGCCAAGGAGUGUGUUGCACAGGGAUGCUGUGUGGACCUCUUCCUAUUUCCCAACCAGUAUGUUGAUGUAGCAACGUUAGGGGUGGUCCCAACUUCAACGGGUGGCUCCAUCUACAAAUACACCUACUUCCAGGCUUCAUCUGACCAGGAGCGUUUCCUCAAUGACCUGAGGAGAGAUGUGCAGAAGCAGGUGGGCUUUGAUGCAUUGAUGAGGGUCCGCACCAGCACAGGUAUCCGGGCGACCGACUUCUUUGGUUCCUUCUACAUGAGCAAUACCACAGAUGUAGAGCUGGCAGGACUAGACUGUGACAAGACCGUUACCGUGGAGUUCAGACAUGAUGAUAAGCUCAGCGAGGAGACUGGCGCUCUAAUGCAGUGUGCAGUUCUGUACACCAGCUGCAGUGGUCAGCGACGGCUUCGGAUCCAUAACAUGGCAGUGAACUGCUGCUCUCAGCUGGCAGACUUGUACAGGAACUGUGAGACUGACACCAUCAUAAACUUUUUCGCCAAAUAUGCAUAUCGGAGUGUACUCGGCAGUCCUAUCAAGAAUGUACGUGAUAGCCUGGUGAAUCAGUGUGCACAGAUCUUAGCCUGCUACCGCAAGAACUGUGCCAGUCCAUCUUCAGCAGGGCAGUUGAUUUUACCAGAAUGUAUGAAGCUACUGCCCGUGUACCUGAACUGCAUGUUGAAGAGUGACGUUCUGCAGCCCGGGGCGGACGUCUCCCUGGAUGACCGUGCCUACCUGAGACAGCUGGUCAGCACUUUGGAUGUGUCUGAGAGCCAUGUGUUCUUCUACCCUCGUCUGCUUCCGCUGCAAAAGUUGGAUGUUAUGAGCAUGUCUCUACCUGUGGCAGUGAGGAACUCUGAGGAGAGACUGUCUAGGGGAGGAGUGUAUCUGUUAGAGAACGGACUGAACAUUUUCCUUUGGGUGGGGGUUAAUGCCCAACAGGAGCUGCUUCAGAACAUCUUUGGCACACCGGCUUUCGGCCAGAUAGACCCCAACAUGACCUCUCUGCCGGCUUUGGAUAAUCCUUUUUCAAAGAGACUGAGGGAGAUUAUCGAGUCCUUCAGGGCACAGCGUUCACGAUACAUGAAGCUCAUGGUGGUGAAACCGGAAGACAAGCUGGAGCUGAUCUUCAAGCACUUCCUGGUGGAGGAUAAGAGCAACAAUGGUGGGGCCUCUUACGUGGACUUCCUGUGUCACAUGCACAAGGAGAUUCGUCAGCUCCUGAGCUAGGAGCAUCAGGUCCCCCCUUCUCUUCCCUUGGCUCUGUACUCAGAAGCCCUUUAACUUUUUAUUUAACAUAAUAAACAAUCCCUUUGCCCAUUCACUUCUCUCCCUCAAAUAUAAUCUCAUCCAUGUGACUCUUGAGGAAGAAGCCACCUUGUAAAGGAAAUGUUGCUCCGUCAGAUUACGGUGUUGUUUUGGUUUUAGUGGUGGGAGUUUUGACCCAGUCUUCUCCUCCCUUUCGAUGACAGGCUUGUGAGACUGUGGGUGUGAUAGAGGAGGAGAUAUGCUGUUGUUACUGCUCUACAGCUGAUCUGGGAUCAGGUUGUGAAGCCUCAAUUAGAUCUUAAACUGCUUUGUGAAAUGAACAGCUACCGGGUUUUAGAGUGUGUUUGACUGUGAACGUCGAUGUUGAUUGUACUGGGUGUUCUGUGAGAAACACUAGCACUGAUUAAUGGUCUCUAGGUACCGAAGGACAGAAAAAUAACCGCAUUAGAAAUGAAUCUAGGCCUACUCGGAAUACAGUGAAAUGAAAUCCCUCAUCUUAUUUCAAUAUGAAUCGAAAGAUGUUUUAGAGCAAGUUAGAUUCAUGUUUAUCCAAUUAUUUGUAUUUUUUUUCCCUGCUUAAAUUCAGUUUCCCUUUGAUUAUCUCUAUAAACCUUGGCCUUACUGAUGCUGUUUCUCCUUUUUCACUUGUUAUUCUGUUUAGCUUGUCUAAUUUUUUGUCAUUUUCACCUUUUUAAUGUGUGUGGAAAACCUAAUAGACUUUAUGGGAGUUUGAAGUGUGCUGUUAAUCGUUCAAAAACUCUGAGAAAACAUUCAAAAUAAAAGUCUAUGCAUCAACUUAUCUUUAAAAGAAAGAGGGAAAGCUGUUCAAGAACCUGAGCUGAAAAUUGUGCUGCUUUUCUCCUUGCCAUUGCCCUCAUUCUCUAUAAGAAGCAGAUAUGCCUAAAACUGAUGCGUUAGUGACGUUUCUGCUUCCUGGCGAAGAAUAUGGAUCCCGAAGGAUGCCUAGACGGGCAGCUGAAAUUCAGAUGAGCCUCUCAGGAGGAUGGGAGUUGUCAAAACCCUAAAGAUGGUUCAGUAAUUGGGCAUACAUUACAGAAGCAUUCUGGCAUUCAUUCAGUUCCCUAUUACAUUUUUUCUUUUCUUUUCUUUACUGUAUGGUCUGUUGUAACCUGUAUACUACAUGUGCUUGUUCAUUUAUCAGUUAUGAUUUAAUAUUAUGUUCUAAAUCUGUUUAAAGGAGCAGGUGGCAUCUCUCUGCUCUAGGGUAUUAAUCAUUGUGCAAUGGAAACCUGUGCUGAGAGUGGAGUGCGGGACUCUUUUAGAAACUGACCAUUUCUAACCGGUUUUCUAAGCGAGUGACGUCAAGCACAUGCGGAAUUGUGACCUUAAAAGCAAUCAACACUGAAUAUCUUGUCAUUGCAUUUAUUACAUGUACAGAAUUAAAAAUCACGUUUUAAAAAUG